GUUUCGUUUCCCGGGAAUGGCGGCUCCGCCGCGCUUCUCUCUGCCACGCGGCCAUUGGUCCGCGGACCCGCCACCCUGCGCCGUCAUUCGUCGUCCGUCCGUCCCCCAUUCAUUUCAGCGCGCCGUGUCGUGUUCCGUGUUGUGUGUUUGUGCGCGCGAACGAGCGGGUGCAGCAAUGGCUAGUCUGAAAGCCCGUCUCCGAAUCGGACUUGAAUUCAUCGAGUUCCUCGGGGAAAGGAGGUCCAAUACCAACAAGGACGAACUCAAAAAAAUCUACGACGAGGAAUUCAGGAACAGGAACGGGGUGAAAGAGCCCGCUUUCUCCAGCGUUGUCUACGCAUUGAAAUGUUCCGACAAAGUGUUCACAAAGGGCAAGAAAGUGUACUUGAACACUCAGGUGCGCAUCCUCUCUGGAGACCAGUGGCAGAGGACCCGUCACAAACAGAAGCCUGCUAAUGAGCCCGGGAGAAGUUGUGCAUCUUCCGGGUCGUCUGCUUCUGCAGUACCUCCACCUGACCCGUCUUCCACCGCUCGUGCUGCAUCAGAGCCGACCUCUCGCAGUGUGAGGAAGCGGGUGAAAGCAAUCAUCAGAGGGCUGCAUGAGAACAGACAGCACUACAUCUCUGACAAGGAAGGAAUUGUGAUCACCUCAGAUCAUAACAUUAAAAAUGGCAAGAUCAAGAUCACUACUCAGUCCAUCCAAAUGACAUAUGUGGUGAAGCUCAACAUUCAGAACAAGGCUGGCGGUUCCAUCCACUUCACCUUAUACACAUUCCUAUGCAGGAUGUGCUGCUUUUCUUUGCAGGAUGAGAAGAAGGUGACGCCUGCUUGCCCCAUUCUCCUCAAUCCAGGCGACAGCUAUGAGGUUGAGGUUCACUUCAGAUCGUCUCAGUUCGGCUACUUCCCAGCCACCCUUGUUUUCGAGUUCAGACCUUGCACCCAGGGCAACUCCAAGCUCAUACACAUCGUGCGAGAUAUUGAGGCAACUCUGCAGACUCCGCUGGCAAAGGACUUGGGACCCACAGCCCCAUACAAGCCGUAUAAGGCCCCAGUAUCUCAGCCAGUGCACACCAUUGUAGAGGAGGGUUUCCCUCCAGAAAGGUUGGUUGUACAGCAGUUAAAAGACAUGGUCAGUUUAGGUUUGUACAAAUACCCUCCUUUCCUGAAGCUUCUGGUGAAAGAAAGGCUGCAGGAUUCUGAUAAUCUGCAGCCCACUGUGAGAAAAAAGCUUCCAUCAGUCAAAGCCCUGCUAGAGGCACCCCUGGAUGCGAAGAGAUAUGCAGAAAGAUUUGAACUGCUGCUCCACCUGGAGAAGCUUCAGAUGGAGGUGGACAUCAAGAGAUACGAUAUGCAGGGCCAACUCAUGACCCGGGACAGAAGGAACCAGCGGCUACUUGUUCUCAAGGUUCCUGGCGUUGCAGAGAAUAGACCUUCUGUCUUAACAGGAGACCACCUGAUGGUGUCUAGAGCUGAGGACAAGGGCAAGCCCAUCACCAUGUACAAGGGUUACGUGCAUAGAGUGGAGCUGGAGCAGGUCAAACUGGGUUUCUCCAUCAAGUUGCUGCAGAACUUUGUGGAUAACAUGAAGUUCAAUGUGGAGUUCACUCUUAACUGCUUUCCCCUGCGGUUGCAGCACCGUGCGGUCCAGCUGGCCAUCAGGCACCAGCUUGGCCCGGUACUCUUUCCCAGUGCCACCAGUGGCUGGGGCUCAUCCUUACCAGAGCUCAGGCUGUAUGACAGGAAGCUGGAGAACAACCCAGAGCAGUGUGCAGCUGUGCGUCACAUCUUGUCUGGUGUGUCAAAGCCUGCCCCGUACCUAGUGUUCGGACCACCUGGAACGGGCAAAACUGUCACCAUAGUUGAAGCCAUCAAACAGGUACGGAAACUGGACCCCCAGGCCCGUGUGCUAGCCUGCGCCCCCUCCAACAGUGCCUCAGAUCUCCUGUGUGAGCGCGUGAGGGAGCAUGGCGACGGCCACACAGUGUUUCGCCUCUAUGCUGGGAGCCGCGACCCUGGCAGCGUGCCCACCGCACUGCUGAAUUGCUGUAACUUGGACAAGAGUAAUGGCUGUUUCGUCCUCCCUUCGAAGAAUACGCUGAUGGAAUACAAAGUGUUGGUCUCCACGCUGGUGACAGCUGGCAGACUGGUCUCUGGGGGAAUUCCUGUGGGACACUUCAGCCAUAUAUUUAUAGAUGAAGCUGGACAUGCCAUGGAGCCCGAGUGCAUCAUCGCUGUUGCAGGGUUGCUGCAGCCAGGAACAGGCCAGCUAGUGCUGGCAGGAGACCCUAAGCAGCUGGGCCCUAUUCUGCGGUCACCCCUGGCUAUACAGCAUGGACUGGGGCUUUCCUUGCUGGAGAGAUUGAUGCUGGACAAUCCUCUGUACCAGAAGGCCAAGCCAAAAGGAGCUUAUGAUGAGCACUUUGUCAGCAAGCUUCUGCAUAACUACAGGUCCCACCCAGCCAUCCUCAGGAUUCCCAAUGAGCUCUUCUACGACGGAGAGCUGCAAGUGUUUGCUGACCACCACCUCCGUGAGUCUUGCUGCACCUGGGAGCACCUGCCCAAGAAGGACUUUCCUGUGGUAUUCCAUGGUGCAAUGGGGCGGGAUGAGCGGGAAGCCAACAGCCCCUCCUUCUUUAAUGUGACCGAGAUUCAUAUCCUCAUGGACUACCUAAAGAAGCUGCUGCAGACACAGGGCAAGAAAGGAUUGGCCACCUUAUCACCAAAGGAGAUUGGCAUCAUCACCCCCUACAGGAAGCAGGUUGAGAAAAUUAAUAAAGCUAUAAGAAUAGAUAAGGAGCUGAAUCAGCUGAAGAACAUUAAGGAGCUCAAGGUGGGCUCCGUUGAGGAGUUCCAGGGCCAGGAGAGAAAGGUGAUCAUGGUCUCUACCGUGCGCAGCAGUGCCACCUAUGUCAAGAUGGACAAAGAAUUCAACCUGGGUUUCCUCACCAAUGAGAAGAGGUUUAAUGUUGCCAUGACCAGAGCCAAAGCCCUGCUGAUUGUGGUGGGAAACCCAGUUAUCCUGAACAAGGAUCUCAUCUGGAAGCGGUUCAUUCACUAUUGUAAGGCAGAGGGUGGGUACACAGGGUUUGACUAUGCUGACAUAGAGGAGGAGGACGACCUAGUGACCCGAUUAGCUGCUCUCAACAUCCAGGAGGAUGCGGAAGCGCUGUCUCAGGAGAGCCUCAUACAGCAGUACAUGGAGCCGCAAUGGAGGAAUGAGCAGUGAGCAAAGGACCCUCUGCUGGUGCAGUAGCUGAACUCUUCAAUCAAAUCACUUUCUAUACAUUUUUCCUUUAUGCUGAGGAGUUUUAUAAAAAGGAGUGCUUUAUUUAUAAACUGAGGAACCCUGAAGCACAGAUGAAGUGACUGCUCCCUGGUUUCCAGAGGAGUUCCCGAUCUUUUCCAAAGUCCUCAUGUUGAACUUGCCCACAUUUAAAAGCCGACGCACAGUGUUCCUUUACAGCAUGCAUGGUGAACAGUCUUCAUUAGCUUCCUAGACACCAUUUGCCUUCAUGAGGUUGUAGAUGUAUCUUAAAGGAGACCCAGUAUAUUAGCCCUGUUCAAACUGAGUAAAACUUUGUUCUUCAGUGGUGCAUUUCAUGACAACACAGGAACAAUUUAUUGGCUCACCUUUGGAACUUCUCAGGGUUUAGUACAAUUUAAGUGAAGGUGCGUGGUGACUGUACUGUCAGACCACUUGUACCAUUUCUGCUGUUUCAACAAGAGCCUGGAGCACAGGUCUGGUAAGCGCAAAGUGUGCAAGUUCUACACCGGGCAUGAUGGGUGGUAGCGAGUCACUUUAUCCUGCUGCCACAUUGGUGUGUGAAGCAUGACUGAUAGGGUUCCCAAAAAAAAAAAAGCCAAAGACUAAAUACUGAAAAGCAUAUUUAAUUUUCCAAAAAUAAUUCCUCACCUUCUGUUUAAUAUGAAGGGUGCACAGCAUGUGCAUGGGUGUGUACCAGUGCUAGCUGGUGAGGCUGGAAGGAAUUGGGGGGGGGGGAAACAGGAGCAUAAGAAGACUCCACAAUAGUGACUCACUUUAAGAGAGCUGCUAGCAAAAGCAACAAAACAGCAGUGAGGGAUAUGUGUAUUUUUGUAAGCUUAAAAGUAUACAUGUACACACAGGUUCAUUCAUGUUUCAGUUGUGGGAUUGCCUUGCCCCAAUAGCCUGCCUUAGAGCUUACUGGGGGGGGGGGGGGGAAGAGAUCUAGGUCAAGAAUUCCCCAUUUCAGGCCAACUUCACCACCACACUCCAAUACAAAACACACCUGAAUGCCUGCAGACCCCCUCAGCUACACUGGGCUGUGUGAUGCAUGAAGGAGGAGAGGAAGUUACCUCCAGGGACAAUGGAAAUUGAAGGACAACAGCACUGACACACAGGAGGGGUUUGACCAGCACUUGGUACAUGUGUGUUCAGUCACACACAGUGAGGCAUAGUGAUCUUUGUCUAGGGUGUACCCCCAGGAGGUCACCUCACAGGCCCAAACCCCAGUAGUGCCAUCCCAACAAGCAAUAGAGAAGUUGAGGUUGAUUAUAUAUGUUUAUACAAAUGAUGUGUAGUGCUGGUGAAAGGAUGACCAUUUCAGAGCAAACACUUCCUUCACUGAGGAACUUGGGUCAUGUUUCCAUU